AGAGAGAUGGGUACGGGUGUGCGUGUGUGGGUCCUAGUGUGUGUGUGUGUAUGGUGGACUGAGGCCUCCCUGGUGCCUUCUGGAUACUUCUACUACUCGGAUGUCAACUCCUCUAGAGUGCACGAAUCCUGGAACAGGUUGGUCAGUUUCUUGUUAGGGAAAGAUGCAGGAGAUAAUCCUUGGAGAGACUUACCGGAACCUAUAGCCAAUGACAAGGAACCGGGGCCGAGUGAUGUUUCAGUGGACUCAUUAAAAGAUUUAAGUGACAAGGAAAUUUGGUCUAAAAUAACUGGAAAUAAUGACUGGAAUCAAAAGGUUGAAGAAAUACCUAUUCAAGAUAGAAUGCUAAAUGAUGGAGUUAUUAACGUAGAAGAACCUCAACAUUCAUUAGAUGAUGGUAGUCGCUUGAAAACCGUUACAUCUGAAACAAAACUUAGUGAUAUCAGUUCAAACCAUUCCACGAGAAAAACCACGGACAAACGCGAUGUGGAUGCGAGUGUGCUGACGCAUUUACUUAGCCAAGAAGAGUACCAGAGUGACAGUGCCAGUGCGGGGCCUCAGGACGUGAAUGGCUCUACACUAGCCUUCGUGUUCGACACGACGGGCUCCAUGUGGGACGACCUGGUGCAGGUACGACAUGGUGCCGCCAAGAUCAUGGAGACCAUGCUGCAGCGACCCGACAGGCCGAUAUCGAACUACGUCCUUGUACCUUUCCACGACCCGUUGAUAGGACCCGUAACUGAAACUACCGACCAUAAGUUGUUGAUGCAGCGACUCAAUGAGAUCCAGAUCUAUGGAGGUGGUGACUGCCCAGAAGCCUCUGUGGGAGCUGUACAACAGGCGUUACAACAGAGUAAACCUAACUCCUACAUCUAUGUGUUUACUGAUGCCCGAUCUAAGGAUUACAAUUUACUAUCACAGAUCUUGCCCCUGAUACAGCGAAAGCAAUCACAAGUAGUGUUUGUUAUGACGGGAGACUGUGGGGAUCAGACCCAUCCCGGUUACCAGGUUUACCACAAGAUUGCAGCAACCAGCUCUGGCCAGGUGUACCAUUUGAAUAAGACUGACGUCGAUGAAGUCCUCAGUUUUGUCAGAGUGUCACUACAAUCUCGGAAAGUGAACUUGCUGUCAGUAGAGAGGCCUGCAGCAAAGAGUGGUUCAGAACUUCCUCUGCCUAUUGAUGAGACACUCAAGGAGUUCACCGUGUCUGUGUCUGGAUCCAAUGCCUCUAUUGGUGUUGUUGACCCUGGCGGUCACACAGUCCAGGCCCCUCAGCUCACUCCUCUGCUGGAUUUACAGCAUGUUAAAGUGGUCAAUGUCAAGGAGCCUCCUCCAGGAGUAUGGACUCUACAGGUUGGCAGUGACUCACAACACACAGUUCGUUCCACUGGCCUCAGCGGCUCAGACUUUGUCCAUGGCUUCUCUGUUAUUCCCACCACCAACAUGGCAGAGACUUAUCACAGACCUUUAAAAUCUGCAUUUAAUUCAGUGCUGAUAAGGGCCACUGAACCUGUCAAGUUGCACAACUUCACGAGAUUGGAAGUGGUGCACCUGAACGGCUCAGUCCUGGACAUCAUCCCCCUGCAGCCUGUGUCUGGUCAGCCCGGCCUCUACACUGGGGGCCCUUUCAUCCCACCUAAUGACCUCUUCUAUCUCAGUGUAUGUGGUUAUGGCAAAGACAGCUAUCCAAUGAAGAGGAUAACACCAACAGCAAUAAGUGCCCAGCCUCCAGAACUUCCAACUGUGAAUAUUGCUUCCACUUACAAGGGUCGGUCUGGUCACCCUUUGACUCUGGUCUGUAGAGUGGAAUCCUUGGUGCCAUUCACUGUCCGUUGGUACAAGGAUGGGGCUGUCAAAACUAGAUUGUUGAAAUAUAACCAAACAGCAGAAGUACCACUGCAAAUCCCAGCUGUAGAGAUGAAAGAUGCUGGAAAGUAUCUCUGCAAAGUUCAAAUUCCCAAAGUAUUUGGAAGUGUUAUCAAAAACACUGUAGUACAUGUAACAGGACCACCACCACAAGUGAUGACACAGAAUGAAGUGGCAACAAGGGCUGGUGUGUUGGCACACCUGAUGUGUAAUGUAACAAGUGACAUGGCUUACAAUGUCAGCUGGUAUCGUCUUGUGAGCAGGACAUCCACAGAAAGAAGACAACCAAGUUUGGAGCUGGUGAAAGAAUCUCCACAGAUUCGGAUACACAGAAACAACAGCCUCAUCUUACUUUCUCCACAGUUGUCUGACGAAGGAUGGUACAUAUGUACAGCUCAAAAUGAAGGUGGAAAAACAUCUGGUCGGGUCUACUUGCUCAUGCAGGAGCUACCCGCGGUUCAGAUCACAGCCAGCCAACGAGAGUUCACCUCAGGAUCUUCUGUCGACAUACACUGCCAUGUCUUGGCUGGGAUACCAUACCCCUCUAUCACAUUGGAAGAAAG